CUUCUUUAUUAUGUGUUCCCUUUUGUACACGUUUAUGUAGACUACUUGUAAUAUGUCUUUAGAGAGUAUAAUUGAGGGCUAGUAGUUACAUGCUGAAACACCUGAAGUGGAUUUUCUUGUAAACGCCCUUGAAAAUGUAAGAUGUCUUUAUUAUAAGUAGUAGUAGAGGAGCGACGACAACAACAACAAAAAAAGAAAUGGGUUCCUUUAUCAAGAAAAAUGGCCCAGGGACUGGUGUCGCCUCCAGGCAGCAUAGGCAGGAGUCCUUUGAACAGGCCCCGAUGUACGUGGCUGUCAUGACAUACCUGGGCUUUGGCAUUGUCACGCUGUUUGGCUACUUCAGGGAUUUCCUCAGAGCUGUUGGCAUAGAGAAGUGCCACCUUGCCCAGGAAAGAGAGGAACAGAAGGAUUUCGUACCCCUUUAUCAAGAUUUUGAGAACUUUUACACUCGAAACCUGUACAUGAGGGUACGAGACAACUGGAACCGCCCCGUGUGCAGCCUGCCAGGACCUGUUUUUGACCUGAUGGAGAGGGUGUCUGAUGACUACAACUGGACAUUCAGGUUGACUGGAAAGACAAUACACAAUGCCAUCAACAUGGGCUCUUACAACUACCUCGGUUUCGCUGAGAACAACACUGACUUCCUGAAAACGGUGGCAGACAAAUUGUGCCAGUAUGGUGUUGGGGUUUGCAGCACAAGGCAGGAAAUAGGUAACCUGGGCAUCCAUGAAGAGCUGGAGCAACUUGUGGCCUCUUUCCUCAGAGUAGAGUCCUCCAUGAUUUUUGGGAUGGGUUUCGCCACCAACUCAAUGAACAUUCCAGCACUUGUUGGCAAGGGUUGCUUGAUACUGAGCGACGAGGUCAAUCACACAUCUCUCAUCUUGGGGGCCAGACUGUCGGGAGCGACGAUCAGAGUGUUCAAACACAACAACAUGCACAGUCUGGAGAAGAUGCUCAGCGAGGCAGUUUGCUCAGGGCAGCCACGGACGCACAGGCCCUGGAAGAAAAUCCUCAUCAUGGUGGAGGGCAUCUACAGCAUGGAGGGCUCAGUGGUGCGCCUUCCGGAGAUCAUCGCUCUGAAGAAGAAGUACAAAGCGUAUCUGUACCUGGACGAGGCCCACAGUAUCGGAGCAGUAGGACAAACAGGGAGGGGCGUGACUGAGCUGUUUAAUGUGAACCCAGCCGAUGUGGACGUGAUGAUGGGCACCUUCACCAAGAGCUUUGGGGCUGCUGGAGGCUACAUCGCAGGGAAAAAGGAGCUGGUGGAUUACCUUCGCAGUCACUCCCACAGUGCUGUAUACGCCUCGGCCAUGUCCCCUCCCGUCACUGAGCAGAUCAUACGUGCCAUGAAGUGCAUCAUGGGAAAUAACGGGAGCACAGAGGGCAUUAGACGGAUCCGCCAACUGGCAGAGAACACCAGAUACUUCAGGGCCAGACUGAAGGAGAUGGGCUUCAUCAUCUACGGCAACGAUGACUCACCUGUGGUUCCGAUCCUGCUCUACAUGCCAGGCAAAGUGGUGGCUUUUGCUCGAGAAAUGCUGGAGAGGAAAAUUGGUGUGGUUGUAGUUGGCUUUCCAGCCACGCCGAUUUCAGAGGCCCGAGCCCGCUUCUGUCUGUCUGCAGCGCACACGAGAGCCAUGCUUAAUCAGGUGCUGCACCAUCUCAACGAGGUGGGAGACGGUCUCUGUCUGAAGUUCUCGCGGCUGAAAUAUUCCUCUUGUCCUGACCUCCAUGAGGAGACAGACUCUGAGCUGGGCAGCUGAUAUGACCCUUAACACCUUCAUUUCACAGUGUCAAAACUAAGUCAAAGUGUCCACACGCCACAGCAGACCCAUAAACACACAGCGUAGAGUAACACCCAUGUCUCACGGCAGAGAGCCAAAUGUUAAGCAGCUGAUUUUUAAUAUAUUUUUAAAACAUUGUGGUGUAACAGAACAUUUAUUUGUGCUUCUUAACAAGAAACUCUAUAUGAACUAUUUAAAUGCUUUUAUUUCUGAAUACAUAUAUAUGUGAAUACACACAUAAAAGCAUUCAGCUCAUCCGUUGCUGGAUCGCUCUCAAACUCAGGUGCGCUGAAAAUGUCUCGAGUCAUUUAGCUUUUGAUAUUAAGACUCAUCACAUAUUGUUGUUUCAGUUGCCUUGCUCUUUUUACACAGUUAUUCUAAUUGCUCGUGUCUAUAUUUAGACGUUGAACACUUUUCAUGGAAGCAUUUUUUGCUUCUCAUAAUUUAACAGCAGCCACCGUUGAUUCUAAAUGUUGCUGGUGGUGGUUAUAAUUAGAGAAUGAUGUACAGUCUCUAAGAAGUUGAUGUAAGGAAUCCCAUUUACUUCACAAAAUUGUAGUUAUAAGUAAUGGAAAAGCCCCCCCCCCCCCUGUGGUUUACUACUGAUGAUUUGUAUUAUUUUUUUUACAAUAAAUACUGCAAAUGAAAGCUU